AUUAGUAGGUAACGUUAGCUAUUUGUCUACCUAGCAACAGAGGUUAGAAGAUAUUUUUAUAUGACAAAAAUUCUUGUUCUAAUCAUGUCAUCCCAAAAUGUUUUGGCAAGUCGCGAGCUGAUUCCAAUAGCAUCUAUUUGAGCAGGAUUAUGCCAAAAUACUGUUCUGCACCGAAUUGCAAAAAUGGAUCUAGGAACGCGGGAAGCGAAAGGAAGAGCUUCUACAAGUAUCCAUUACAUGACCCAGAGAGGUUACAGCUGUGGCUAAAGCAUAUUGGUUGUGGUGAGUGGACUCCGUCUGGCCACCAGUACCUGUGCCAUGAGCACUUUGAGCCGUCAUGUUUUAUCUCGCGCUGGGGAAUGCGCUACCUGGCCAACAACGCCAUGCCAACCAUCUUUGACCUGUCAGAGCCCAGCAAAGUAAGACAAACUGCACUUAUGGACCCACAGAUUACUGCAACUCAGUCUGGCAAAGUGGCAUGUCGUAAUGUCCCUGUAGUGCAUGACUGUUGUCCAGGUGCUGUGAAGUUGUGCGCCGUAACUGUGAAGUCAUCGAUGCCUUCUGAGGAACUGCCACUCCCAGUUCUGAACGGGACUGGGAACAGACGGUUGGCCGUGACCUCUGGCAGUCAGUCCACUGGGACCAUCCCUGUGAUGCUUCUUCGAUCAGCUGGGGAGCUGGUAUGCUGCAGAGAUUCCGGACGAAAGGUGGUGGUGGUGUUCAAGGGUCCGUCAUCAGAUGUUGCAGAAGUUUGCAUAGAUGCUGCAGCAUCUGUAAUAAUGAACAUGGCAGCGGGAGUGGAGCAGAAGAAUUGUGACCUUUCACCUCUGGCUGUUGUAAAUGCUGAAGGGAAGGACAGCACGACUGACCAGCAGGGUGGGGAGGUCCAGGUUGUGGCCUGUUUCGAUAUGAUUCCCAGUGUCCCCUGUCCUCUCAGUUCCAUAUCUGUGCCUGCUGGGCUUCCUGGUUUGUAUGACCACCCCAUGCCUUCUCCUGGUUCUUUGGUCCUCACUCUUGAGAAGCUGGUAUCAGUAACUGAGGAAGGACUACAGAAAAUGGAGACGGAUGCCCAGCAGAGCAGCCAGUUAGAGGAACAUCGGCUGAGUAAGGACCAGCUGGGGGCGAUAGCCACCGAGCUGCAGAAGCGGGUGAAGGUCCUGCAGCAGAGGCACCGGCGGCACCUGGAGAAGCUGCUGGGACUGGAGAGCGUCGCAGCCCAGCUCCGGCAGAGCAACCUGCUCAUGGAGGAGCGCCUCCAGCUGCUGGAGAAGGUGUACUUGCAGACCAGUGCAGCUGUAUCAGACACUGGCAAGACUGUGGCCAUCAUUUAUGAAGAUGACAACACUCCAUAUGUCUAGACUCAGACAAAGACAGAUGAUGAGGAGCAAUCUGACUAAUUUAAACAAUGCACUCUAGAUGUAACGCAUUGGCCCAAGUGCCGAAGGGCAUGGAGCAGGACACGCAGACUCUCUCAACAUGGACAAACAUUUAUUUACAUAAAACAUAAAGACUAUAGUAGCACUCACGUAUAACACAAACAAUGAACAUAGGCACAUUUAAUACUAACGAUUUUUAACAUUAACACGAGCUAGAUAAACAUAUUCACUAAUGUUACAUUUAGACACUAACAAACAAACAACACGCUACAUCAACAACGACCAACAACACUGCACACUGAC